AAAGAAAGCCUAAUAAAUUCCAGCGUCCAAGUCUAUUUUGAUUUGAUGGCAUAACAUUAUAUUUUAUUUUUUAAGAAGGCAUUUCGAAUAAUCACCUUUCGAAUUUCAUCAUCAGGUUAAGUAUGGACAGAGAAUGGCAGAUAGGAAAGACUCUUGCGGAGUGUAACAGUUACAUGCUUGAUAAUCAGAUAGACUGUGAUGUGACCUUCAGAGUGGGGGAGAGUAGAGAGGUGAUCAGGGCACACAAGUAUGUGCUGGGGAGUCGCAGUGCAGUAUUCUAUGCUAUGCUGUAUGGACCUUUAGCUGAGAAGGAGGACAUCUUAAUCACAGAUAUGGAACCUCAUACUUUCAAGAGUCUUCUCAAGUAUAUAUACACAGAUGAUGUUACCUUAUCAGGAGACGAUGUUCUUGCUGUAAUGCAUGCUGCAAACAAAUAUGCCAUGGUGGGGCUGGAGGAUAAGUGUGUCAACUUUCUCAUGGAGAACCUCACAGCAGAAAAUGUCUGCUCAGUCCUGGAGAGUGCUCACUGCUUCAACAAGGAAACAGUCAGGAGUCAUUGUGUAGAGUUUAUAAAAGAUGCUCCCGGGGCAUUCGAAGCUGAAAACUUCCUCUCUCUGUGUAGUGAAUGUCUGGGCAAAGUGCUUCUAUUGGAUGAUUUGGUUAUGAAUGAGGAAGAGAUUUUUCACAGAGCAAUGGACUGGGCUUCAUUGCAAUGUCAGAAUUCACAGUUAGAGGACACUGGCCUAAACAGAAGAAAUGUUCUUGGGAGCUGCCUUUAUUGUAUUAGGUUUCCCAUCAUGAAUAUGCAUUUCUUUAACGACACAGUGUGCAAGACUGAUAUUUUGUCUGAGAAAGAAAUACAAGAUGUGACCCGACAAAUGGAAGAGGUUCAAAUUUGUCAGACUAAGUUUUGUGUCAGAAAACGCAGAGGAACGGACCAGUACAUCUGCAAACGGUUCUCUUACGACAGAAUUGAUGUCAAAUGGGGGCGUAAGACAGGGAGGAUAGAUUUCUACGUUGAUGUUAAAAUAAUUCUGACUGGGCUGUUAUUGUAUGGAGGGCCUGGUAAUGGUCUUGACAUGGUGGAUGUCUAUGCAGCAUUGGAAGACUGUGAUCAUGACAGAGUGUUAACAGAUGUGACAAAACAAGUCAAUGUUGAACCAGAAAAAACUAUCUUCAAAUUGAAAUUCCCCAACUCCAUUAAAUUAGAGCCAGAUGUACGGUACUCUGUGUUUGUUCAGAAGAACGGCUGGGAUAGUCAUUGGGGGGACGCAGGAAUGGCCAGUGUUGUGACUCAGAACGUUAAUUUCUACUUUCUGACCACGUACAAAUCGGAACAAACAAAUAGAGCACGAGGUCUUAUUCCAGGAUUAUUAUUCACAAAGGGUUAUCCCUCCAACAGUGAGGAAUCAUUGGGGGUUAAAAGAAAGCAUGAUGACUCUGUACCUUUCACUGCUUGUUAGAAUUAUGCUGCCAAUUAUAUCAAAUGUA